UGAUUCUUUAUUACCCAGCAUUCCUUAACAACAUGCUGAAGGAGUAGAGGGCCGUGCCGCCACUUGGACAGUAAAAUGACUUUACGACGGAGAGUCUCCACUAAUUUGAGUUUAAUGUGGACUGGUAGCAAUUGGUGAAUAAUUGUAAAUGCUCAUUUAGAUGGUUGAUUGCCUAAUUUUAUGAGAAGAGGGACAAUUUAACCAGGAUAAUAACAAUUGGUUUAUCAAAGGAGAUCGAAAAGGGAAUUCAUAUUCCCGUCACAACCGUACAAACAUCAACCAACGACAUAGGCCCCAUACGUUCAUUUUAGCGUGUGGAAGAUCUUGAUCGAAUAAUCAAUAAGGGAGUACUUCAACAACGUACUUCAGAUCAAGUCGAUGCCUUUCACCUGACGCGGAACAAAAUACACAACCAAUCAAUAUAUGUGACGUUUCAUUUCAAGAUAUGACCGAGGAUGAUUUUAGGAAACGGAAUGAGUGGAUAAAGAUUUAAAGCUGAAAAUUCGCGAGUAGACUUUACACUUUUUUGUUCACAUUUUGUCGUUUUCACCAUUAAAAUUUUGUGAAAAUCCUCUUGAACUGAAAACAUAGGAGCAUCAAGAUUAGAAGCCUCAGGAUAAACUGAGCGAGCCAAGUAAAUCAACUCUUUUUUGCGAUGGCUUUUUUAUACUAAACUGAGUGGAAGUGGUCUUUUGUGCUUUACUUUAGUGAAAUCUGUUCUAUUUAAAAGUUUGUUACGAUUCUUUAAUCUCCAUUACGACGGUUAAUCGACCAUGAAUCCUAUAGAAUACGAGCAACAUUUACGGUUCAUGCAGCUUUACAAUGCUGCAGUGGCGACUCAAGAGCAAGACUUGGUGUCCAGGUCCUUACGACGGAUGCGACGCCAUAAUUCGUAUACACACCUUGGGCCAACCUCGAAGAGUUAUCCUCCUCCGGUGAGGCGAGCGGACAGCAGCGGUCAGCUCGAGAUCAACCAGAAAGGCAUCAGCAGGACUUCGUCAGAAUCAGGGUACAACUCGAACCUCGAACAUCGACGUCUGUCCCGUUCUCUGGAUCGCGGGCUUACGAAGAGGAGUUCGACCUUGAGUGAUUCAGGUGCCUACGAAGGCUACCCGAGGGUCCGGCGAGUUAGUGUGAUCCGGAAAGACUCGGAUAUCCGUCCACCGACGCCCCCGAUUAUCAAACGAAAAGGCUCAUCAAUCCGAAGUAAUGACUCGAUGACUCCGAGUGUUAGGUUCUCAACGGUUGAAGAUAUCAUGGCUGCAUAUGGACACGGUAACUCAUGGAGUGGACGCUACAAACCUAGGCAUUCCAUCGAUCGUGAAUCUCAUAUCACUGCACACUCUAUGAAAGAAUAUGAUGAUAGACAAGGAAGACGAUCAUCUUCGGUGAGUCGUGGCUACGACGAUUUCGACGGUGGACGCCGUUCUUCGCGCGAACAUCGUAAGAAAUCAUCUUCUAGUCGGUAUGGUAGAAGGCCAUCCGUACCAGGUCGGAGAGCUUCGGUGUCGAGUCGGCGAUCUUCGGUUGCAAGCGGCUCUCGGCGGCCCAGUACAACCAGCCGAGUAUCGUACCAUGAUGAACCUCGGGUGUCCAUCGUUAAUCCGAAUGGAAUCGAAGGUGCCGAGAUUAUGCGAAGAUUGUCGAGGGUUUCGAGCGAACUGAAGGAAUGGGAGAGGUCGUUGAUUAUGAGCAGAAGGAACUCAUCGCACAGCAGGAGGUCAUCCAAGGGUAGCAGGAGACGAUCUACGAGUAGCAGAAGAAGAUCGUCGGUCGGAGAUUCGACUUCAAGCUCUAGUGAUUCCAGUUCUGAUUCGGAUUCAAAUUCUGACUCCGAUUCCAGUUCAUCCGGAUCGGGUACUACCGACUCGGAUAGUGACAGCAGUUCGAGCUCUGGAUCCGGUAGCGAGAGCGACUCAGAAACGGAUAAUGGCGACGAAAGAAAAUCUUCGAAAUCCACGAGUGCGAUGCCGAACAAUAACGGGAACGGCGGAAAUGACGUCGUUGACGGCGGUAGAACGGCACAAAUAAACGGCGGUAUGGCGUUCGCGAUGGAUGGAGCUGGACAUUGGGAGAGAAGCGAACCCAACAACUCCUCAAGUCUUUGUGUGAUUCUUUAGUAGAAACGGGUGAACCUGUUUUAUACUGAAUAUCCUUUACAUUCUGGACUAGGCCAACCCUAACUUGCUCUGCUCGCUAGACCCCUCGCUUAGCUCGGAAUAUAAUCGCUAAUCCAAGAGCAGCCGCCUGGGCCUCGACAAGAGGCUUGGUUGUUCAUUGUCAUGGAGGGAAUUUGAUGACACAUUUUAUAUGUUCUCAAAUUCGUCGUGCGCUGUGAAAGCGAAAGGUCACUAUUGGGAUCACGUACAAAAUAACGAUUGCGUGUCACCAUCCUGUCUACGCUCUGAAGCGAUCAACAAUUAUACCAUGGUCACAUUUGCUCUACGGCGGCCGUACGGCGAGUCGGAAACAGUCGUUUUA